AUGGAGGAAAUCACUAAAGAAAGUAUUAUUCAAAAAUUACUUGAAGAAAAAUCUUUACUAGUUGACCAACUAAAACAAACCCACCAAGAGUUAAACCAAUCACAAACACAACAUUUUAUGGACCGUGAAAAAUUUAAUGUAUUAUAUAAUUCUCAACAAUCAGUUAUUCAACAGUUAAAACAAAACGAAAUAAAUAAUCUCCAAAAAAUUGAGACUUUAUCACAAGAAAUAGCAAAACUUCAAAUCCAAAAUGCAAUUAAAGAGACUGAGCCUCCUAAACAAAUGCACCUUCAAAGUAGUGUUGCUGUUGAUGGAAUUUUGAAGUUAGUUCCAGAAAAUAAAAGAAUGGAAGCAUCAAUUUUGCUAGAUGAAUUCAAUAAAUUCAAUGAAAACGAACAUAUUCUCUUUGUUCAGUACUUAAAACAAGAAUUAGAAGAAGAAGGAAUUAAUGUAUUCUCUAAAGAAGAGAAAAAUACUCAACUGAAAGAAGGUUUUAAGAAAAUACAAGAAGAAGCUAUCAAUGAACUAAAAAGAUGUGAAGAAGUAAUUACUAAAAAAAAUGAAACCAUCGAACUAUUGAAAAGAGAAAAUGAAGAACUUGAAAAUGCACUUGUGAAACAAAAAGGUAGUGAUAAUGAUAAUUUUAAAAUCAAUUUACCAUUUAAACAAGAAAUAAUACGAGAAAAUGAAGAGUUGACAGAAAGGUUGACAAAUAUCCAAAUUGAAUUUGAUAAUUUUAAAAAGAAAAAGGAUGAAGAACUUAAAAAAUCAACAGAGUCAUUAGAUUGGGAUGAAAUGAAAAAGAAAGUUGAAAAGAUGUAUGAACUUCAACAAGAAAAUAGUCAACUCAAAUUAAAACUCAACAACGAUACUCUUUUCAAUAAUAGUAGAACUGAAAUCAAAUUGUCUGAAAUGAAAAGACAACUUAAUGUAAGUGAAGAAUUAAAUGAAAAAAGAAAAGAAGAAAUUACUAGGCUUCAAAAAGAAAAUGAAGACUUGGAAAAUAAACAACAACAACUUAUUAAAGAUUCAAAUUUUUAUCAGUCUGUUGUUGUCUCUGCUAAACAAGAAACUGAACAUUGGAAAUCUAUGUGGCAAGAACUUCAAGGAGAAUUUAAAAUAUCAACAAUUGCGAAAAUAGACUUGGAAAAUCAAAUAGAAUCAUUAAAAAGUACAAAUAAUGUAUUAGAACAAAAGAUUAAAGCUUUUGAAGGAAAAUUUGAUCCAAUCUCUACAAAUCAAGAUCUUAUAAAAGAAAAAGAAGACACUAUUGAAAUGUUAACAAUUGAAAAACAAUGUCUUCAAAAGAGAGUUGAGUGCUUAGAAAAGGAACAAACUGAAAAUAUUGCAAAACAAAACCAACUUGUUCAGACUAUUUGGAAAAAUAAAGAAAAAGUUGAUCGUGUAGACGAAACAACUUCUAGUUUACAAAAAAAAAUUGGAGAAUUAUUAUUUGAUUUGAAAAGAGAAGAAGAACAACGAAAAAUAUUAGAAGAAAAUGAAAAAGAGUGUAAAACUGAAAUUGAAGAAUUAAAAAAAGAAAAUACAACAAAACAAAUUGAAUUACAAGAAAUAAUCCAUUCAAAAGAACAAGAAGUACAAUCAAUUAAAAAUGAAUAUGAAAGUAUUAAACUAGAAAAAGAAAAGAAAGAAAUUCAAAUUCAAGAGAUCCAAAAAAAUGUUGAAGAAUUAACAGAAGUAAAGAAAGAAAAAGAAGAGAAUGAUAUUUUAUUGAAGAGUAUUCAAAAUAAACUCAAAGAAUUAAAAAUAGAAAUUAAUAGUAAUGAAGAAAUAAAUAUUGGUCUUCAAGCAUUAAUUGAAGUACAAAAAGGAUUUGAAGAAAAACAAAAUGAUCUUAAACAAAAAGAAACACUCUUUAAACAACAAAUAGAAGAACAAAAUAUGAAUUUAACAAAACUUGAAGGAAUUAUUGGAACUGUUAUUCAUCAACAAGGAAUUGAUGAAACAAGUAAAAACAUUAUAUUAUAUUUACAACAAGAAAAUAAUAGAUUGCACCAACUUAUUUCACUAAACGAUUCUCAAAAUAAAUUCAUUAAAUCAAAUGAACAAGAAGAUAAAUUAAAGAUUGAAAUUGAAUAUCUUAAGGAAAAGGUUCAAAUUGAACAAACAGAAAAAGAUGAAUGGAAGAAAAGAAUGCAAGAAUUAUAUAAUAAAAAAGAUGUCGUUCCAAAAAGUCAAUUAGAAAUAAAAGAAAAAGAACUUGAAAAACAAAACCAGGUUAUUGAAGAAAUGGAAAUGGCAAAUAAAGAAAAUAAACAAAAAAUCACUAAUCUUAAGACAGACAUUAAUAAUCAACUCAAAAAGUAUCAGUCUGAAAUCCAAGAACAACAACAGAAACAAAAACAAAUGGAAGAAGAAUUUAAUAAUAAAACACAAAAAUGGAAAAUCGAAAAAGAAAAGUUACAAGAAGAAUUAAAUGAAAUUCGAUCACAACUUCAAAAAAGAAAAGAUCCUUUCAAAGAAAAUCCAGACUCAAUUGAUGCAUUCAAAAAUAGACUCACAAAUAGAAAUCCUCAAAAUCCAAUUGAACGAAUAGUUCAAGAACAAAAACAACCUGUGAUUUCUACUACCCAAUUCAAUAAUAUUUUCAAUGAAACAAUUCAAAAGAAAGAAGAAACAAUAUCUACUACUGAUAACUUGUCUAAAGUUGAACUUCUAACAAAUCUUAAACCAAAAAUAAAUGAACAACAAACUCAAAAAGUUGAUGAAAGUAAGAGUAUUAAUGAUGAAAUAGUUAAUACAAGUGAUGAAAAUGAAAACGAAAAUAGUAUGGAACAAAUUGAUAGUAAUGAAAGUGGUAGUGAAGAACAAAGCCAAAUGGAAAAUGAUGAUACAAAACCUACAACUCAAUUAAAUUUAAAUAUAUUUGAUAUACCUAAACAAGAAGAUAAAGACAAUCCUUUCCUCAAACUCCAACAAAUUUCUAAUUCUCAACCAACAAAAGAAACAAAAUCAAGCACAACUUUUACGUCCUUGUUUAAUACUCCAAAAACUGAUUUCAGUGCAUUUUUAUCUUCUGAUACAAAAUCUCAAGAUAAUAAUAUUUUUUCAAACUUUGUACUUAAUAACCCUCCUCAAAUCCAAACAAAUAAUACACAAGAACCUUCUAUUGUUAAAGACUCCAUUGUUUCUAAUGCUCAACAAAAAAUAGACCAAAUUGGUUUAAAGAGUGAUGAGUUUUUCCCAUUUGGGGAUACUGCACUGAUAAAAAAUAAUUUAAAACCAUCACCUUCUCCACAAAUUGAUUUCCAAGUUGGUUCUUGUUUACGUGUGAAACAAUUCUCACUCCCAAGUCCUGUAUUAAAUAAAGAAAUGGCUCAACAAAUACAAACUCAAAACAAAGAACAAGAACAACAAAAACGGUUAGAAACUCUCAAGGCUAACUCAGCCAGUAAUAAAAGAAAUGGUCUCAACUUACCAUCAUCGUUUCACUAA